ACGAGAAGAGAUUCAAGCAGAUCGGGGCUAGAUGUUGGAGGGAAUGAGGCUGAAGGGAUGGGCGCUGUCCGUGAAAGCUCUGGCGGGGAGCAGACUCCUUCAGAGAAGAAGAGCGAGCGAUUGAGGAUGGUGCGAGAGGAGGUGGCGGAAGGAACUCUCCGCAUGAAGAGGAUGAGAGGAAACCGGAGGCGUUGAUGGGCGGGGAUGGAGGUGGCGACGGAGAACGUGCCUCGGGAAAGAGGCCGACGAAGGAAGAGGGUGGGACGACAAGUAAAAAAGCGAGGAGGCCCGACGGUUUGACCAUCCGCGAAGGACAAGCCGCGGGUGGAGGAGAUUCGGCUGAUCCCGGCGCUGCGGCCGCGAGAGAACCUUCAAGGAAAUCGAAACGGAAAGUGGCAGGUGAAGAAGGCGAUGGCGAGAAGAAAACUCGAAGGCAGAAGACUAAUGAGGAGGCGAGCGGUAGCGAAGGGCCUGUCGGUAAGGAGUACGACGAAGCAACAGCGUUUUGGCUCGAAUACGAGUGGAACGAUGUCGGUGAAAUCGUGGAGAAGGAGCUCCCCGUCCAACUGCUCAUCGACCCCAGGAAGGUCUACGAGAUCCCGGCUUGGGAAAGAUAUUACAACCACCGCAGUCUAAGUCGCGAAACUGUGGACGACAUCAAGGGUACGAUGCUGAGUCAAUUCCGCGAGAAAAAGGGGAAGAUCAGGACGAAAAACCCUCUGGUUUUGGCACCCAUCUACAAGCCGGUGACACGUAGGCCGGAGAAAGUUGACAGGGUUCACAAAGUUGUCUUCAAGCCAGAGGACAAGGACAAGUACUACUAUUACCCUGUUAACGGACAACACACCGUGGCUGCUGUGAAGGAGUUGGAGGGUGAGCCAAUAUUCAAUUUGUGGAAGAUGCACUCGUGGCCGGCGAGAGUAGUGUGGUUAUCCGACCGAGAUUUCGCGGGAUAUAGGCAGGUCAGUCUCAACGAGAACGCGAGACACAAGAUGUCUAAGCAGCGAUCGCAGAAGGCCUCGUUCUUGGACAUGCGGGAGGCAUGGGAGAAUGAAGUAAGGCCGGUGGCCAUUCAAGGGAACCCUUCCGGCAAGGAGGCCGAAAAACAAAAGUUCUUCGAUUUCUAAAAGCUGAUUUUGGGAAAGAGUCCGAACGGAGCUCACUGGACGUUGUCACAAAAAGAUUCGUCGCUCUCCGACAAGGAGUGUGUCGCUGCAGUUGGCAAUGCAUUGAGGCAGUGGAUGCCGCUCGUGACGGCCGGUGACGACGUUUUCCACAAAGCAAUGAAAUUCUACGCGAAAU